AUGGAAUCCAUGGGUACUAUGACCAUGGUAAUGCCUACUGCCUCGGCUGCCGGUAACGCUACGGCCACCAUGUCUGGCAUGUCCGUUAUGACUGCGAUGCCUGGUAUGGACGGCAUGGACAUGAGCUGCAAGAUCUCGAUGUUGUGGAACUGGGAUACCAUUGAUGCCUGCUUCCUCGCCAAAUCAUGGCACAUCAGAUCUCACGGCAUGUUCGCCGGUUCCUGUAUCGGUUUCAUCUGCCUCGUUCUGGUCCUGGAGCUGUUGCGCCGUGUGGGAAGGGAGUACGAUGCCUUCAUCCUCCGCCGGGCUCGUCUGAUCAGAAUGUACAUGCCACGCUCCUCCGAAGACGCCGGUCAGUCCAAGGCAAAUGGCACAAACUACCAGAGCAUCAGCCCCGAUGGGGGUGUUUCCAAGGCUACUGACUGUGACCGCUGCUGCAAAGCCCCUCCGUAUGCAUUCACCCAAGACGACGGCAUCACGACUGCCGCAGACUCUUCCUCGAAUACGAAUGUUCCGAAGCAGAGUGCGGCCUCCACUGAUGCUAUUAUGGUCGUCGGGCUUUCUGCUCAGCGUCCCGGUGUAAUGGACCCAUAUCGUCCCUCGCUCAUGGAGCAGUUCGUUCGCGCUUUCAUGCACAUGCUUCAGUUCGCUGUGGCAUAUAUCAUCAUGCUACUUGCUAUGUACUUCAACGGGUAUAUCAUCAUCUGCAUUUUCAUCGGCGCAUUCCUGGGCUCGCUGAUCUUUUCGUGGGAAGCUGUAUCUCUGAACAAGGAGUAA